CCAUAACGGAUGUUUUUUUGUUUGUACCGAGACACACUUGACACUAAAGUGUUGGCGCUAGCUUUGGACUGACAGUUAGCGUUAACAACUAACACCCUGUGUCCAACAUGAAGAUAUGGACGUUUCUGCUGAAAUCAUGACACAAAAAUGACAAUGUCGUUGCUCCGGUGAUUCUGUCGCUUUUAGCACUCAACAAUUUAGCUUUGCGUCAGCUAGUUAGCGUCAGCAGGCUGACAUAAACGUUAACAGAAGCUACGUGGCUAACGUUAGCUACCUCAGCCUCCAUCACCCUCUCCACUGACUGUGCUGUGAUGGAUGAUGACUUUCUGCUCGCCAUACAGCUACAGGAGCAGUUUAACAGCGAAUACGAGACGUCUUUAUUCUCUUCAAACGGAUUUGAGGACGACGGCCUCGGACAGAGCAGCAAGAAAAGGAAAGUGGGGGUAGCUGGAGGUGGCAGUGAUGUUGUCCCCUACUGGAAGCCGACUGCCCGGCCCGAGAGGCCGCUGUCCAUCGUGGACGAGUCCUGGGAGACACUGGACCCCAAUCCUGAUGUCAGAUCCAUGUUCCUGGAGUUCAACGACACGUUCUUCUGGGGGAAGCUCAGCGGCGUGGAGGUGAAGUGGAGCCCAAGAAUGACACUGUGUGCCGGUGUGUGUUCCUACGAGGGCCGAGGUGGACUGUGUUCCAUCAGGCUCAGUGAGCCUCUGCUGAAGCUGAGACCAAGAAGAGACCUGGUGCAGACCCUCCUUCACGAGAUGAUCCACGCGCUGCUGUUCGUGACCCAGAACAACAGGGACCGCGACGGACACGGCCCUGAGUUCUGCAAGCACAUGAACCGGAUCAACCAGGCCACUGGGACCAAGAUCACUGUCUACCACAGUUUCCAUGACGAGGUCGAUGUGUACCGGCAGCACUGGUGGAAGUGCAACGGGCCCUGCCAGAACCAAAGGCCCUACUUUGGCUUUGUGAAGAGGGCCAUGAACCGGGCUCCGUCUGCUCUGGAUCCCUGGUGGGAGGCUCACAGGAGGUCGUGUGGGGGGACCUACACCAAGGUGAAGGAGCCCGAAGGAUACGGGAAAAAAGGCAAGAAGGAUGGUAAAAAGGACGGGAAGACCUCAGAGAAGAAGGCCCCGGGAAGUGGAAAGGCUUCGAGUACAACUACAGGUUCUGGAUCACAGGACAUACGGAACAUCAUCCCAUUUGCUGGCAAAGGCUUUGUACUCGGAGGGAAGUCCCAGUCCUCUGCGUCUUCCUCCCCAUCUCAAAAACCUGUCGUGAGAUCACCCUCGUCCAGCCCCGUCUCCCCUCAGAAGACACUGUUCCCCCCCUGCUCUCCAGCUGAAAGUCUCAGUCCUCCUGUUCUUUCUACCCAGGGUAGCAGAGGAUUCUCUAACGCCUUCCCUCCUGUCAGACCUACCACCUCCACGGGGCAGAGGCCUCCUGUAAAAAGGUCUGUCGGUAACACGAGGGUUUUCACCAACAUCAACGGGUCGCCAGUGAGAAUCCCCAAACCCCACAAGGGUGGAAGCAGUAGCCAAGACACAAAAAUCAAACAGCGGUCCAUCGGAGAACUGUUCGGCAGCCCAAGCCCCAGGAAGUCAGAGAGUCAGUCCUCCCCCUCAAACACAGGGACUACAAGAGAUUCACCAAACAGUGCAACGGGUGCUUCCUCCUCUUCUUCCUUUGUACCUAAACAACUGAGCAACCACCCAGCUUCCUCCAGUAAGUUUUCAUCCAUAGUUUCAUCUGGAACCAAAGGCAGCCCCGUUAAACCGGCGCAGUCCAAGUAUUUCACUCAUUCUAACGGUGACAGCACGGCAGGAGCUGCCGGCGGAGGUCAGGCAUCGAGGAAGAGGCCGUGGGACGAGCGCAGCAGCUCGGCCGCCAUCUUCAACUUCUUCCAGAAGACCUUAGCCAGCGAUUCAGCAGCCUCGAGGGAGUCUGCGAAUACGAACUCACCUGCAAUGCACCAAAGAACUGCCGCCGCCUCCUCCUCCUCAGGCUCCUCCGCUUCCUCCAUCCGUUCCUCUGCAGGACUGCACACCGCCACCCCCUCCUCUUCCUCGUCUUCCUCCCCCGCGCUGAUGGUCAGCUGUCCUGUGUGCCAAGCGAAGGUGCAGGAGUCAGAGAUCAAUGCGCAUCUUGACUCGUGCCUCUCCUGAGCGAGGAGCAGCAGACGUGUGCAGUAAAGGGGAUGUUGCAAUAACACCAAGAAGUUUCAGGGAGUUUGUGGGUCUGAGUUGUGUGUUUGAACUUUAAGAUUUUGGAUAGUUAGUGAGAUGAUUUCACUUUUGAUUUGAGGAGGAUCAGAUAGAGUUUGAUGACCAGACUGGUUGGUUUUCAGUAUUUUAACUUCGAUGUAAUAAUCAGCCUUUCACACAGAAGUGCCUGUCAGGCAGUUUGUGCCUUACUGUAACAACAUGGUUCAGCAGAGGAAGAGAAGUAAGUUGGUCGACUUUUAUUUACCGAAUAAGGUCAUUUUCACCAGGCAGAAGAAUUAAACAAAAUUCUAGUAAAUGUUGACAAACUGUUCCAGUAACAGUUUGUGUAUUUUACCAGAACAGGAAGUGUUUAAAGGACGGCAUUCCCAUACGUCUUCCUAUCACACUGCUCAGUCCUGUGAAACAUCUCACCAUGUGUUUCACUGAAGGGCUAUUCUAGGACUUUGCUGAGAGUUAAAGGGUAAUUUUGGUAUUUUUAAAACCCGGGCUCCAUUUUCUUUACAUAGUUCUGGGUCUGAUUGACCACCAGGUACAGAAAACUUUUGGAAUCAGUCUAUUAGAUCGCCUCAGACGCAGCCGCGAAACGUUCUGCACGUCGGACCAAGUUUACUGACGGUGCUUGUUUUGUUCCACUCAGAUUCUUAUUUCCUGCUGCCUGACAUCAUUAUGGAGCAGAAUCCACUGACAGAAACAAAAAUGUUACCUCGUAGGAUGCAGGGGUUGCUGGUGAAGCCCGACCACUGUUAGUCUGACACAGAUACGUCAGUAUUGGAGUAUAUGUCUGUGCUGAUAUGAAAGCUCUUCUGUAUUAGAGAUUGUAAUGCAGAAGAAUUUGCUCAAGGUGAUAUGUAAAAAAAAAAAAAAAAAGAAGAAGGAUAAAAAAAAAAGGGCUUUGUUUAAAAACACCAGAAUUCCCCUUUAAGUCAGACUCGAUCAGCAUGCUGUGAGAGCAGACCGAUCGUGUUUUAAAUCCAGAAGCUGCUGCGUUAUGAGUACAGGCGGGUUAUUUUCGGGGCCGGGUUCCCGUAGAUCGAUGCGCCCUUCAGACAGUGGGAGACGCUGCAGUCUGACCUCUGCUGAUCUGCAGGCCUCAGGUUUCACAGCCGCCAGCUAUUUAUUGUUUUUUGCACGUCGUCACACUCGCGCUGCAGCCAUCUGCAGGGCCGGGGAGUGCACGGGGAUCUGAUCGAGCUUUCCUCGGUCAGAUCUACGGGAGAACAACUGAGGUCGCGUUCAACAACAUGAGAAUUUCACAUGUAAAUGUUCGACUUUUAUAUGUUUGUGUUUGUUUUAAAGGAAACUGUUCAAUGUUUUUAGGGUCUCAAAUAAAAUGUUUUUACUGUUCUA